CGCAGUACGGUCACAUUGCUCUAGCCAGACGCUGCUUUUUUUGGAAUUCUUAAUUUAUUUACUUCGGCGAGCAUGCAAAUGAACCCGAGCGUCACAAUCGAGCGCAAACGCGUCGACUGCAGUGUCCUGCCCAAAGGAUGGCAGCGCGACGAGGUCCGCAAGUCCGGCAGCAGCUCCAAUAGCAACGCCAGCAGCAACAACAACAACAGCAGCAGCAGCGCCACAGCCAGCAGCAACAACAACAAUAACAAGGUGGAUGUUUUCUACUACAGCAGUCCCACAGGAAAAAGGGCGGAGGGAAGGCCGCAGGACAUCGCAGUCCCCGAUUACCAAGCCGGCAAGAUGCAACAAAGGGCGCUGCCCUCGCCAUCCAUUUCGCUGUACCGCUGCAGCGCCAUGCCGCUGCCCCUGACGAGUGGCGGUGGAAAUGGGGCCACCUCGGGAUCGGCGGCCAAUGCCCUCAAGCGCAAGUUCGCCCGGAGUCAAGGAGCAGCAGCAGCAGCAGCUCCUCCGGCAGCAACCGCCGCCUCAUCAGCAGCAGCAGCAUCAUCACCAUCUUCGGCCAAUCGGCAGCAGCAACAGAUUGAACUCAGCCGAGCCCUGCGCACAGAUGUCUCCCUGGUGCCGCCCAUCCGACAGACUGCCUCGAUCUUCAAGCAACCGGUGACGGCGAUCCGCAACCACAGCCAGGAUCCCGCAAAGGUGAAGCCAGAUGCCAAGGCACAUGGCACUCGGGAGAAGCCCAAACAGCUGUUCUGGGAGAAGCGGCUGGAGCGGCUACGCGCCUGCCACGACAGCGGCGAGGAGCUGGACGACAUCUCACUGCCCAAGACCAUACGCACCGUUGGCCCCAAUGUCAACGAACAGACCGUCCUCCAGUCGGUGGCCACGGCGCUGCACAUGCUCAACGCCGGCGUCCACGGCCAGAGCUCCACGAAGGCUGACUUGACCAAGAAUGCGAUGGCGUUCAUGAAUCCCGAACAGCCGCUCAUGCACGCGGUUAUCAUCUCCGAGGACGACAUUCGCAAGCAGGAGGACCGCGUGGGUGUGGCGCGGCGAAAGCUGCAGGAUGCGCUCAAGACAUAAGUGCUAUGGUCACCCUCACGCAUCUACCAAUUCCAUUGUAGACUAUAACAUCGCUAUCGUAUUGAGCCCUAUUCGAAAUCUACGUUUAAGACUAGUGUGUAAUAAACCAAAACCAACUCCAA